AUGUACGAACUCGACGACAUCAGCACCGGAUUCCACGACGUUCUGCUGAACAAGUACAACAUGUCGACGGCCCCGAUUUCGGACUUGUACAUUACCGAUUCGAUGCAGGACAUGCUCGAUAUCGACAUCAAGUCGGAGGUGGCGACCGUGGUUGGCGGAGUGAACGAGUUCUCGUUGCUGCUUAACCACGACCUGAUGCCCCAGCUGGAGUUGGACUCCAACUCCCUCGACGGUGGGGACAGCUUCCUGAGCAGUGCGCUCACGACUGCCAGCGAUCUGUACGCGGACGUUGGGAACUGCGCCAACCCGAAUUACGUCAUGCCGCUGGCCUCGUCCUCCGUUUCGCUAUCGACCACCAGCAGCAACACACUGUCCACGUCGUCCUCGAUGAGUGCGCUGGUGGCGGCCCAGUCGCUGCUCAAGUCCCCGAAACAGACACACUCCCUGAACCUCAACAUGCUCGCCCAUGGCACGGAGCGCGACCCGACCCUGCCAAGCCCGAAGGAGCGCAAAAGCCACCUAACCUUCUCGCCCAGCACGGUCAAGGUCCCGUUGAUGCACGACGCCCGGAAGCUAUCGAAUCUGACGCAAAUCACACGAGUAGCCGGUGGCGGCGGCACCGCCACGACAAAGGUGCCGUACACGGCGCCGUCGACUCCGGCGGACAGCGUUCGUAAGGAUCUGAGCACACAGAUGGCGCUCAAGGAGGAGAAGAUUGUCGUCCGCACCGGGAUGGCGAUCAAGGCGGAGCCGCAGGAGCCGAAGGGGCACGGUGAAGCAAUGGCAGCGAAGAAGGUGUCCACCACCGGCCUGGGAGUGGGGCUCGGGAAAGGCAACACCAUCAAGCUGGCCGCCGGUAUCGGGGGACUCACGUUCGCCAACAGUGUGCAGUUCAAGAAUCUGAAGAGCGUGCAAAAGAUCACCAGCAUCGGUUCACUGAAACGCUCCGGCAGCCCGCAGCCGGCCGGCAACGGGUCCGCGAGCCCGAAGCUGUACAACCAAAGCCUAAUCAUCCACCAGGGUGGCAAACCGUCGCCCGGUGCGGUUGCUAGCAGCGGAAUGCUAUCCCCACGCUCGCCGACGACGACGACGGCGCGGCAAAGCCACAAACAAAAGUUGGCCUUGUUGAUCGGCAAGGGUGCAAGCGAAUUUCCCAAACCGGCCUACUCAUACUCCUGCCUAAUCGCGAUGGCCCUAAAGAACUCCCGCUCCGGCUCGUUGCCCGUGUCGGAGAUCUACAGCUUCAUGUGCCAGCACUUUCCCUACUUCAAGACGGCGCCCAACGGCUGGAAGAACUCGGUGCGUCACAAUCUGUCGCUGAACAAGUGUUUCGAGAAAAUCGAGAAACCCGCCAAGAACGGAGGCGUGCGGAAGGGCUGCCUGUGGGCGAUGAAUCCGAUCAAGAUCUCCAAGAUGGACGAGGAGGUGCAGAAGUGGUCGCGCAAAGACCCGCUCGCCAUCCGCAAAGCGAUGGUGCAUCCGGAGCAUCUGGAGGCGCUCGAGAGGGGCGAGAUGAAGCACGGUUCGACCAGCGACGACGAUCUCGACCCGGAGGAGGACCUGGAGAGUGACGGCGGACCGUCCGACGUUGACGCCGAGGAGGUGGACGAGGAAGUCGGCGACCCGGAGGACGCGGAGGACGAAGAGGACGAAGAGGACGAGGUGGUGGAGCUCGAGCAACCGGACCACGACAUCAUCGAUGUCGAUGCCGAAAGCUUCAUCAUCAACACGCCGGAAUCGCUGAUCGAUGGCGACGAUGAGACGGGCGAACCGUUAGAUUUCGAUAUCGAGGUGCCCGAUUUCUACGAAAACAUCAACGUCGAUUCGAAGGACGGCUCACUGGCGAUGGAGCUGACCCAACAGGACCUGCUGACGUUGGAAGAUGAGGACGAAUCGCUGUACAUUAACCAAUCGCACCUACAGCAGCAACCGCAGCUGGUGCACAGGUUGCCUCAGCAACAGCAAAUCGUGCGUCAGGCGCAAAUCGUCACGCAACAUCGGCAGCAGCAACAUCAACCGCCUGCCAAGCGAGCACGACUCGACGUCAGCUACACACAUGCUCCCGCCCACAAGACUACCCUAGUCAGCAGUGGUGGAAACGGCGUGGUGAACAUCUUGGCGACCCGUCAACCGACGAUGGCGACAACGGCUACGUUGCACAGCGCCAACAGUAAAACCAUUACGAUCGCGAAUGGAGGCACCGCAAGCGUUGGAGCGCUCAACUUUCAGCAACACUUUCAGCAGAUGCAACUCACAACACAGCAACAGCAGCAGUUACUACGGCAACAGCAACUAAACGGCAACCGUAGGAAGAUGCCCGUCGUCUCGCGGUUGGUUCAGUAGCUUUUUUCAGCUAUACCGCCGCCGGCCCCUAGCUCACACUAGUAACUCGACACAGCCAACAAUGGCCAGUUGAGUGCGAGAUAGCUGGUGGGAGUUGUUCAGAGCCAUGUUUGAUGCAAUGUUUAGACACUUCAUUGUGGAAUUUUCUAUUACAUAUUCGCUGUGUGGUACCCUUUUUUAUCUUCUCCAUGUUAUGUCUAUUCAUUUAUUUUGUUGAAAUUCCAUUCCAUAUUUGGUGCACACAUUUUUCAAUCCUCAUCCGAGAUCCAAAUACCGGUAGACUACGGAGUACCACUGAUAGUGGCAAACCGAUCGAAUACAAACAGAAUUUUUUCGUUCUUUGUGACGUUAUAUUUCGUUCAGAAAUAAAUGACUACAA